AUGCCCCCGAUCACGACCGUGGCGAGGUUUGUCGACGCCGUUACAAAUCAGAAAAGGGGAGAACCAUUCGAUAGCGACGAUGCCACCAGCAUAUACACAGGAGGAAGGCUGCUCAUCAUCAUCCUAAGCAGCGCAAUCCCAGUCGUGGCCAUCUUCUUGGCGGCUAUUGUGCUCUGUCUAUGCUGGAGGAAGAAAAGACGGCAGAUACGAGUCUUUUCGCGAACCGUUACACCAGUCGAUGAUGAGGAAAUUGCAACAUGGAAAAUCCCAAAAAGUGAGGAGGCCGGGUUUACGACCAUGGACGACACCGACGUAGAUGGAAAGAGCAGGUCGGCAACAGGGGAUCGUUUGAACACCAGCCAUGGGAAACAGCCUUCAACAAGCUUGGUAAAGAAGCCGGCAAGCGUCAUCGUCUACAUCAACCCUGAAGAUCAAGCAGCUGGAGAAACCCGGAAAUCAUUCGACGAAGGCUUCAUGCCUCGGUCCGCCGCUCAUAGCACCCACAGCGGCUAUUACGGAAGAACGAGCAUCGACCACACGCCACUACCACCAACCCCUAUCCUCGCAAGGGCUCCCAACUCCCGAGCCGGGCUCACAGACGACGCGGUCCCCGGCGAUGUUCCAUUCAUACUGACGCCCAAGCGCCAGCCCUCUCGGCUACACAAGCUACCGCCAGGUGCACAUGCCGUCGUAUCAUCACCAGGUCCAAGACAUGGGAGGAAGAAGAGUUCAAAGAGCAGCACCAGCAGCAUAGGCGGUUACUCAAACUUCAACAACAACAACAACUACCAAAACAACAGGGGGGCAUACUACCAAGGCGGAGGCUAUACAUCCGACACAGGAAAGAGGUUCCCUGGGCGACAUUCCAUCGACCACGCUCGCACCCGUAGCAUGCACCAUUCACGUCUUCAAUCGGGAGUGACAGUUCCUCCGAGGCUGUCGCUUGGCGAUGAUGCGCUUUCAAGGAGACAGUUUAUGAGAGAAGAAGAAAUCGGACGGGCAAUUGGGUGA